AUGUCGCUCCCCUCGCCGGCCCUUAGGCUGAGCUUCUUCCACCAGUCCCUGAUGUUGUUCAGAUCCGGCGGCCCUUGUCCUUCAAGUGGUCAAGCUAUUCCUAUCCAGCAAGGACUUCAGGUGCUCCAGGACACAACAGAGCAGGCCAAGCUGGUAGCAAAGGAUUGGAAGGAAAUGAUCGGCAGACCAGAGUGUUGUGGGGAACUUUACUCGCUGGCUAGGGGCCUUCUCCAGUUCCUCAUCUCAUAUAACAUUGUAUCUGAAUUCAAUAUCCAUGAGAUCAUCAGUAUUUUUGCUAUGGUCCCUCGCAAAGGUCAGAAGAACAAGAACAACACUGACAUUUUCAGGCUUUGCAAGGAUGUUGGGCUUGCAGACAGGGCCACAGAUUUAAUUGACUAUAUGAUUGGAAAUGGGCAGCAUCUCGAAGUUUUUCAUUUGUUACAAUUUUUUAAUUUGGAGGACAAGUAUCCUCCAUUUUCUCUUCUGAAGGGAUACAUUGAGAAGGCCAAGCAGACUUCUGUGGAGAUAUUUAGAAAGAAUGAAACACACAAGUCCUUGAACUUGGCUAUACCAAAGGAAAUACGGAUUGCACGUCAACUAGCUGAGCAGAAACUCGCUGAUUCUAGGCAACACAGUGCUAUCUUGGCAGAAAUUAGAUAUUUGAUUGGUGCAUAUAAAAAGAAACAAAGGUCAGGAAAUCCCUCAACGCCCUCAACAUGGGAUUCACAGCAUCAGCCAACGAAACGUAAAAAGAGGAACAAGAAGCGCAAGAAAGAGGAGCUGGACCACCAUGAGAUCCAAAACUUUGGGCGUCCACCUUACGCUGCUAUGCCUGGAGUUCACAAUUACCCUGCCCAGCCAGGUUGGCCUGUAGGCCAAGGAAUGCCAUUUGUACCGCAAUUCAGAUCACCUCAGUAUAUGGGUCUGCCAUUUAAUCCCUUCGCCCUUCAUCCUCCGUCCUAUCCCAGAUAG